AUGGCUGGCAAUCCUUCGACAGAUAGGUGUUGGAAAGAUGCAGUGUUUGCUUAUACAUCGGGAAAACAUAACAUGGCUCUUUCCUUGUUUCAGCAACAACCUGGUGACUGUUCUACUUUACUACUCAAUCGAGCCUUUGUACUUUCAGCUCAAUCGCUUUAUACCAAAUCUCUUAAAAUAACUGCUCAAGUGAUUGCACGAGCAGAUGAAUUGGCACCCUUGGCGCUUUACCACAAAGGUAUUAUCAAUCUAAAACUUGGUCGAGUUGCCGAAGCUGUCGUUGAUUUGACCAAAAUCAUUGGAUAUGUUAAGCCGCCAUUGAAUUUUAUUGCGACUCCUGGACUCAUGGUGCCUUGGGACCUGCAUAUCUGUGAAGUUCUAUUUAAUCUGGCACUUGCGCUUUUCUAUUUGGAGCAACUGGAUUACUCGGGGUCAAUGCUCGAAACUGCUAUGCACAAUAUUCAAACUGUCGCUCAACAAAAUGCAGUUGCCCGUGCAAUUGUGAAUGGAUUUCAGAGUGCAGUGUUGUUUGAGAUUCCAACAAAUCUCAUUUUCCCUCCGCCGCUUCAUUACAAUGCUCUCUUUUUUGCAAAUCGUAAUCAAGAGGGGAACAAUCUUUCUCUUCCCAGAUCUGAUGGUGUGAGUACUCUAGAUUCCUCGCUAAGUCACGAAAGUGCUGCAAGCGCUGAAGCACUUUUAGCCAUGACGUUUAGUUUGGAAUCAGACACAGAUGUCGAUGAUGCAAGUGAUGCUGUAUCUACAGCAUUUUCGGAUCAUUCUGAUUUCGAUGAAGCACUGGAUAUGCUUGCAGUGUACCGUCAUUCGAUGGUGCAAACUUCGUUUUAUGAAGCUCAAUGGUCAGCUGUGCAUAACGAGCGUUUAAAUGAAAACUCUGCAGCGACAGAUGCGCAAUCACACCAAGAUGUCAUGCUGGGAAAACCCGCUUCAAUGCACUUGUUUUCAGAACGAAACGCUUCAAAAACUCACAGCCGGUUCAUUCCUGUACCGGCGGUAUCAAAUGUAGUCAUUCCUCCACGAACCCAGUCUAAAAAACCACCUGGUUCACUACCCCACAUACCUCCAUCACUUGCGCUGGUCAAUGAUGCGCUGCAAGAAACACAAUCCAACAAUCAGGAGUUCAUUCCAUCAGUCACCAUGUUACCAGAACAAUUGGAGUUUAUGAGUCGUUCACUUCCAACUUUGCCAUUCAAUGCUCUAGCUGCACCUUCACCAGGACCUGCUAUGGAGCCUUUACAAACCAAACGUUUAUCAACAACUUUCCAGAUCCAGUCAUCAAGCUUUAACCCUCUUGCAGACCCUUUGGUUGGCCAUGGUACACAAUUCAACCAUGCAUCGACUAUGCCACGAAACUCUACCUUGUUUAGUCAACCCGAAAGCCUAAUUCGAUCUCAAUAUACUAGUCUCCCAUUGCAUGCUUCGCCGAUACUGGAUUUAUGUGAUACAGAUUUUCAAGGAGAAAUGCAUGUCAUGAUAGAAGAUCAUGGAGUAUGGGAGCUUCGAUGGUGUAUUGUUCGUGGAUCAUACAUGUAUAUUACUACGUCUAAAGAGUAUCCGAUGGUACUUACUUGUGUCGAUCUGAAUGCUAUUGAUAUUGCACCCAGUCCAGGACGAAUACAUGCCAAAGCAGCCUACUCGUUCCACAUCUCCUAUGUCUCUCGCCACCAAAUGUUAGUCGUUCAUCUUUCUACUAAAUCACUCCCUCUGCUGCUAAGAUGGAUUACAUUCCUGCUUAAGGCAUCCCAAGGUAUUCAAACCAAACCUAUGGCUCUUGUUCCUAUUCAAGAUCGAAGACCUGAACUUGCUCGCGUUCCACUCAUGGAACAUGUUCCAUUCCCAAAAGCUGCAACAAAACCACAUACUGUUCCAAAUGUGCUACAUCAUACCCUAACACAUCUUCACAACCUGACUCCAUCUCGUAAACACACCAACGCUGCUCUUAUUGCAGCAAAUACAUCGCUAAUAGAAACGUACAUGAUUCCAGCACCUACUACUCCCCUAUCAGUCAAUAGAAUGAGUAUCAAACCCACAGUAGGACCCAAAAAUCCUGCAAGAAGAGGAUCGCAACAGCAUUUUGAGAGCAAAGUGGGUCUUGGUGACUGGGAAGGCAUAACCAAACCUCAUCGCGCACCAAGAUCCGAUCUGCAUACCUUUCAACGAAACCCUUUAGAACCCUCCAAGUCAGAAGAUCCCUACUCUAAAGUCAUGACACUCUUUGAUUCACUCAACCUGUAA